CCCCCCCCCCGAUUUUACUUCUGUGCUUUUUGUCAAAUUCUUUAGGGUUUUUGGAUUGUUUUUCACCCUCCAUGGCCUCUGAAGAUAUGGGCCUAGUCCAAGCCCAACAACGCCUUGAUAAUGGGCUUAGCCACCCCCACCCCCACCUCGUCUUCCCGGACAACUCCUUCUCCUGCGGCCCCCCGCCGCCUCAACCUCCACGCCGUGUCUCCGCCGCCGACCACAGCUCCAAAGCUACUGCCACUCGGGAGCUCACUGCGGCCUUCAUUGACCACCACCACUACUUCCACCAGCCUCCGUCCGCUGACUUCCGCCGAGCCACCUUCUCCUCCACCUCCCCCGCCGCCUCCGCCGCAUCCCACCCGGACAAUAGCCACAAUUGGAACCUCGGCAUCCGUGCCUCCGCCACCACCAGCGGCGGCGACGGAUCCGAAGACGAUGACGACGACGACGACGACGACGAAGAAGAUGACGACGACGACCAUAAUAAUGAUGACGAUGACGAAAACGAAGUUGAAGGGAUUGCUGCCAGUAAUGACAAGAUCAACAAAAAUAGCAGAGGCAAAAUGGCAAGUCAGAAAUUGAAGCAGCUGUCCUCAUUUGGCUUGAAGGAGGGAAAUGUUGUGGGGGUUGCGGGGCGGAGUGGAAAUGAGAUCAAUAAUAACUGCGAAAUGAGGAAUGCUGUGACAAUAGCUGAUGCUGAUGGGGAGAUGUACUACUCACAGUAUCUGCAGGGGACGGCGGAGGUGGGACCACACGCCCGGCAGAAGGAUGUUUUGGUGGUUGAGAAUGGUUGUGGGUUUAGUGGAAGAAAGGAGGGUUCGUACUUGACUGAAUCCGGGGACUCGUUGAGGGAAAUUCUUUCGGAUCCUUUGACUGGAGCACUCAUGGAUGAUGCAAUGAUACUGCCUUGUGGGCAUUCAUUUGGCAGUGGUGGGAUACAGCACGUACUUAGAAUGAAAUCUUGCUACACUUGUUCACAAGCAGUGUCAGAAGAUUCUGUCUCCCCUAAUCUAUCUCUUCGCUUGGCUGUCCAGGCAUUCCGUCGAGAAGAGGAGUUGCAGGUUCACCGUGCAUCAAAAAGGAGGAGGGAACGGCAUGAGCAGGAUAAGGGGACUUAUGGUGAUUCAGUUCAGACAGAUCAUCCAAGGGGUAGAGGAGUUCAAUUUCCUUUUGCUGUGACUGACAGGGUUAUUAUAAAGGGUAACAAGAGGACGCCCCCACGUUUUGUUGGACGCGAGGCUAUUGUUACCACACAAUGUCUGAAUGGAUGGUACGUAGUAAAGACGUUGGACAAUGCUGAAAGUGUAAAAUUGCAGUAUCGCUCCCUUGCCAGAGUUCCAGAUAAUCCAUCGCCAAAGCCUAUAGCAACAAGUAAAAUGACACCCAACUGGUUGUAACCAGAUUGCCGCAUGUAGGUUGUUCCAUACAUACCAAGUUUCGUAUCUUCUAACGACAGUACUGGUUGAACUUUCUUAGCUGUAGUCUCACUGUUGUACUCAUCACACGCCAUUUUCUUAUAGUAGGUGUACAGUAUAGGAGGGACGUAGUGAGCAAACACGUUAGAGAUUUGAACAACGCCAUAAUUCUUUGGCUGAAAUACAUCUUAGCAUCAUAAGUUGUACUUGAUUGAUGCUUGUAUAGGAAAAGGAUAGGUUAACAUUAUUGAUCAUGGAAUACCGAAGAGCCCUCGAGUUGUUGGUGUAUUCACAAGUUCACUAAAUUCCCCA